GACCUGAGCGUUUACUGCCUGCCUGCGCCAGUAGUGGCUACGUGUAAUUCAAGGGAAAAUGGCAGAUAGGAGAAUUAAUAAUGUUGCCAACACCAGUGCAAAUUUACUGUUCAGCGGCGCUCCGGAGUUUAACUUCAACCUGCCUUUCAUGCCAGUGAGUCAGGCCACUGGUCCGGCGGUAUUGUCAGGAGAAGACUCGACUGAUGUUGGAGAAGAAGACAGCUUUCUAGGACAGAGCUCUGGGAAUGGGACAGCCCCCUCUACAUUCAACUACUUUUCCAGCCCCUCAACCAGCAGUGACCCGUUCGCAGCCAUCGGCCAGGCACCAUGCCCCCCGCCGGCCCUCUCCGCAGCCCCAACAUCAGCAGGGCCCGUUUCUGUUCCCAGCAGUAUGGGCAUGGCCCCGGUGGCCCCUCCAGCUUCACAGAUGAACCCCUCUCCUCAGGCGUUUGGCAAUGCAGUUUACCAGAGCGCUAUGGGCCGUCACACUCCUCCCCCCGCCUCAAUGACCCCACCACCUCCCCAGAUGCAGCAACAGAGUCAUAACCCGUACCGACACACCGCCAGCAGCAGCAGAGCCAGUCCCUAUAUUCCAGCUCCAGAGGUCCUGCCGCCAACACACACACCUCAGCAGAAUCCAUACUCCCUUGGCUCUCCGCCGCAGACAUUCCCUAUGUCCGGCCCCUCAUUCACAAAGCCUCCUCCCACACAGUACCAAGGGCCUCCGCCUCCACCCACCACUGCUGGAGCCGUGGUUCCUGCUGGUCCCAUGAUGCAAUACAACUACAACAUCUACGAGCCUGUUCAGCCUCACUGGUUCUACUGCAAGCAAGUGGAGUCAAAGAGCGUCUGGCUUCCUUUCAGCAUCAUCGACUCCCUUCAGCUGGAGGAGACGUAUAACUCAGUUCAACCAGACCCAGAGAAUGUGAUCAUACGUACGGAUGGAGGGCGUUACGACGUGCAGCUUUACGACCGCAUGCGCUCCUCGGUGUUCUGGGAAGAGGAACCCACGGAGGUCCGGCGCUGCAGCUGGUUCUACAAGGGGGACACGGACAGUCGCUUCAUUCCUUACUCUGAGGAGUUUAGUGAGAAGCUGGAGGGAGAAUAUAAGAAGGCUGUGUCCACCAACCAGUGGCACCGCAGACUGGAGUUUCCAUCUGGGGAGACUAUUGUCAUGCACAAUCCGAAGGUGAUUGUGCAGUUUCAAGCAUCCUCCAUGCCGGAUGAGUGGGGCACGACUCAGGACGGGCAGACCCGGCCCCGAGUGGUGAAGAGAGGGAUCGAUGAUGACCAUGAUGAAGUGCCAGACGGGGAGCUCCCGUCAGUAGAUCAUCUGGUGUUCAUGGUUCAUGGAAUCGGCCCCGUGUGUGACCUGAGGUUCAGGAGCAUGGUGGAGUGCGUGGACGACUUCCGCAGCGUGUCUCUGAAGCUGCUGCACAGUCACUUUGAGAAGAAUCUGGACGAGCAGACCAUCAGCCGGGUGGAGUUCCUCCCUGUGCAGUGGCACACGGCUCUGCAUGGAGAUGCUACCGGGGUGGACAGGAGGAUCAAGAAGAUCACGUUGCCAAGCACUGGACGUUUACGUCACUUUACAAACGAGACUUUGUUAGACGUGCUUUUCUACAACAGUCCCACUUACUGCCAGACCAUCAUGGACACAGUUUCCCACGAGAUUAACCGACUGUACGCCCUGUUCAUGCAGAGGAACCCCAAUUACAGAGGUCGCAUAUCAGUUGCUGGACACAGCUUGGGUUCUCUGAUUCUCUUCGACCUGUUGUCAAAUCAGAAGAACGCCUCCUCUGCACCGACCAUGCCAAUCAUACCCACUGCCAACGGAGAAACCAAACAGGUGGCAGCCCCCGUGACGCAGAGAAACAAUGCGAUCACCCCUCCAGCUGUGGGAGAGGAGCCAAAAGAGGAUGAGGAGGAGGAGUUAGAGGAUCUCUCCACCAUGCUGGAAAAUCUGGGCUUGUCUGAGUACAAGAGCACCUUUGAUGAGGAGAAGAUUGAUGCAGAAUCUUUUCUGAUGUGUACAAUCGACGACAUGAAAGAGAUGGCAAUCCCGCUGGGUCCCCGGAAAAAGAUCGCCAAGUUUGUCAAAGAGAGGGAGAAUAAGCAGGCGGCACGUCAGGCGGCCCGGGAGAAGAAAGCCGAGGUCAGCCAGGCUGCGGCGUCCCCCCCACCAGCUGCUGAAGCUCCCCCCGAGUCCUCGGUGCUCCCAGUGGGCAACAGCAUGCACGUCCACGUCGACUACGACUACUUUGAAGUCGGCACUGGACAGGUGUCGGUGGUCUACCACGCUCUGGACUUUGAGCCGAUGAAUUUCUUCGCCCUGGGUUCUCCCAUCGGCAUGUUCCUGACGGUCCGAGGACUGGAGAAGAUCGAGGAGGCGUACCAGCUGCCCACGUGCCAGGGGUUCUUCAAUAUCUACCAUCCGGUAUGCAGCUCUUCCAUAUUUUAAAUCCUUAAUAACUGCUUCUCAGCUGCAGCCGCUCCAACGUUAUUUUUGCUUUAUUGAGUUGUAUCACUUUUGUAUCGUUCUUUUGUGCAACUCUGUCCAAAUAAGGGUUUACCGGAUAUCCCAGAGCUUCAUUUAUAACGUUGACAUUCAAACAUUUGUAAAUUUUUCUUAUGUCUGUUUAUUAUUUUCAGUAAUAGUUUGCAGUUGCAGAUACAGACAGGAUUCUCUAAUAUGUUUACUAUUAUAAUAUUUGUAGAAUUAGAUUUCAAUGGUGGCUGCGUAGUAGAUGAUCCAAACAUUUCCAAUUGCUUCAGGUUUUUGUAAAGUAUAAAAAAAGUCUUAUUUCCUAAAUGAUCACUUAACUCAUUACAUUUGUCAUUCAAUUGAAUCCAUAUUAAAGGAAGUCAUGCAUCUUUGUGAGUGGUGU